GGUACCGUGCCGGUACACAGCCCGCACACAUCAGGAUUUCCAGUAGAACGCCUAACCUCACUCAGAAUCAUGGCGUCUAAAACUUGUGUCUUUUUUGAAACGGGAACUAAUGCUCAAUUUGAGUAUGUAUUGAAACAAUAUCCUGAAGCAAUUAAAGCCAAAGCUCACAACAAAAGUUCUAAGCCGGAGACAUUGCUAAAGCUGGAUAAUUGGUAUCAGAAUGAGCUUCCUAAAAAGAUGAAGUCCCGAGGAAAGGAACUAUAUCUCACACACGACGAGAUAGUUAUGACCAUCAAAUGGAAACUAGCGAGAGGCAUUUUCCGCCCCAGAUUGAAGGAUCUUGUCCAGAUGAACACACCUAGGGUAGUUAUGCAGGAAACUAAGAAAGCGUUUAGGAAUCUCUUCAAGAAGAAGGAUAUUGAGUCUGCCGUAGCUGCCCUUAGCAACUUGAAGGGUGUCGGCCCUGCCAUGGCCUCAGCUGUUCUGGCUGCUGGUGCCCCUGAAAUUGCUCCGUUUAUGGCUGAUGAAUGUUUACUGUCUAUGCCUGAUAUUGAAGGGAUUGAUUACACCAUGAAGGAAUAUAUAAAGCUGGUUGAGAAAACAAAGGAGUGUGUCGAGAGAUUGAAUUCUCAAGGAGGCACCUGGACUCCUCACACUGUUGAGCUUGCUAUCUGGACCCACUAUAUAGCCCGCGAUAUUAAACCCGAGCUUCUGGAUGAUAUGCCAGGUGUGGACGCUAAUAAAUCCCCGAACAAGUAUAGCGGGUCUCCCGUCAACGGAGAAAAUGAGGAGGAGGAGAAGGUGAACGGAGAGAAGGAGGGGGAAAGUUCGGGUUCAGAGAAACAAGAUGAGGAUUCAUGCGACAGUGUACUCGAGCAGAAUGGACAAGAAAAUCAGAAAAAUGGAGCUUCCACAGAAUCAAAUGAAGCUUCUGCAGAACUAAAUGGAGCUUCGGAAGCCCAUACUUCUUCAGAGAAUGGAUCUAAGGAAACAGAAAACAAUGUUACAGAUGAGAAACCCGUCAAUGGUUCAACUGAAUCAACCAAGAACGGUUCCGAGGAAGCAGAGAUAAACUCGGCGGUAUUGACUGAGACUGAAACAGCGGUGCCCGCCGAGAAAAUUACUCCAGCGCCUGUUGAAAAAAGUACACCGGCACCCGUUGAGAAGAGUGCACCAGCGCCCGUUGAAAACGGCACUGCUACCCCGGCCGAGAAUGGAACGUCGUCUCCAGUUGAAAAUGGAUCCGCCCAUAACGGCGUGGAAGCAAAUGGAGAUUCAACCAAAGAGGAGACUGUAAAACCUUCCUGCGAUAAACGCCCUCUGGAAGAGGAGUCCCACGAGUCUGAACCUAAACGACUGAAGGACGACAUGGGCGUUCCCCCGCCCCCGAUCCCUGCAGGAGGGGAUUAGACACGCCUUCCUCGGCCCUCCCUCCUGGCAAUCAGUUUGAAAAAUCAUCGCGCUAUCAACCGAAAAAUGCCCCAGUUUACCGCUUUAAAAUCCGGGGUUUCGACCAAAUCGAAGAUUUUUGCGGAAAUUGUGGUGAUUUCUUCGGUUUUAUCUCAUAUUUAACCGGAUAUAAGUUCAUCCGAAAAUUUCAUAGAUCAUAAGUUAAAUGACUUUUUUUGUACAUUUUCAUUUUGAAUAAGACCCGACAAAAUUGGAGCUAAGUUCCUGCUCGUGAACGAAUAUUAUUCUGUAGGUGAACAUCUAAUCAACAUGAACUAGGAUCUCCUCUACUAUUUAACACGUGUAAAACUGAAUCAUCAUUGCUUUUUGAUAAUAAAGUGAAGCAUUUAAUUUUAAA